AUGCAGCAAACCAAACACCACAAACGCCAGCUCAAUUCCAAAAUCCCCGGCCGUCUCGACGGUCGGCCCGAUCCACCACAUUUGCGCCAUGCAGGGAACGAGGACGCCGAGGCAAGAGAAGCACGACCAAACGCAGCCACGCUUCGCGGCAGCUUCGCGGCGUUGUCCCAGGAGUCUGGAUCCUACCUCGCGCAGUUGACGCCACAGAACCAGAGGUCGUCGACGAGCACCACAGUCCACGGUCCACGGUUCACAUUGAGGGAUGCCACAGACCAAUACCUAAUGAGAGGGACGAAGGUCUCCAGACUCUCAAUGAAAUCUGCGGUGUCACGAAUUUCAACGAGGCUUGCCACCGAUGUCAUCAUCGGCGCAUACGCGUCGUAA